UUCUCCGGGGACAUGCCUUCUCCCUUUUCUUGGCCCUGCAAGAGCUGCCUUGAGCCCAGCGCAGCAGACUGAGCAGGAGCAGCAGGAGGAGGAUGCUCAGGCACCAGCAGCCCCAGCAGGCGCCCUUGUUUGAGCUGGUGGCCUUCAGGCACCCGGCGCCGGCCCUGCCUGCCUCCUCUUGCAAAGGCCUGGCAGCAGAGUCCCCGGGCCCUUGCCCCGCCGCCGCCGCCGCCUCCGCCUUGAAAAGCGAGCAGCAGCAGCUCCGGCGCAAGAUCAACAGCCGCGAGAGGAAGCGCAUGCAGGACCUGAACCUGGCCAUGGACGCCCUGCGGGAGGUGAUCCUGCCCUACUCGGCCGCCCACUGCCAGAGCUCCCCGGGCAGGAAGCUCUCCAAGAUCGCCACCCUGCUCCUGGCCCGCAACUACAUCCUCCUCCUGGGCAGCUCCCUGCAAGAGCUCCGACGGGCCCUGGCCGAGAUCAGCGCCGCAGGGGCGGCAGCAGCCCCGCCGGGAGCAGCCAGCCCCAGGCUCCUCCUGGCCACCGGCUUCCCCCUCUUCGCCCCGGGAGCCCCCAUCCUCCUGGCCAGCCCUGGCAGUGCCAGCCACCACCCCCACCAUCCCCAGCACCAGGGCAGCCCCGGCGGCGGCGGCGGCGGCAGCAGCAAGUACCUGGCCCUGGCUGGCCUGGAGGAGCCCCCGCCCCCGCCGCCCUGCAGCCUGGCCCCCGGCCCCGGCCUCUGCCCCUGCGCCCUCUGCAAGGUGCCCCAGCUACUCCCCUCCGGACUGGGCUUGGCGGCCCUCCAGGCGCACUUCGGCAAGUGAGGAAGGCAAGCCCCCGCAGCCUGGCUUCAGAAACCCCACCAUCCGGUUCGAGAGCGCUUCAACUGCCUGAGACCAAGGCCAGGGGAUGCUGGGAGCUGGAAUCCUGACUGUGGGAAGUCACACUCUCUCAGCCUCAAGGCAAGGACACACGCCCCUCUCCCUCUCUCUUUCUGUGAAGAUGCCUGCCAAGGAAGCCCUGGUCCAAACCACACCGCAGAAACCAUCCUCUUUGAGACUGCUUUAACCCCCCCCCCCGCAUCUCCCACAUUCUCCCAGAAUCCCCCUCGCCUUGAGGCAGCUGCAGCGCUCUCGACCCGGAUUAAUGAGUGCGGACGCAGCCUUCCAGAGAUCGCCGCUGUCGGAGGAAGGACCGCUCCUGGAGGAAGCCGACUCCCAUCAAACGGAGCUGCUUGACUCAAGAGCCUCCUGGUUUUAAAGCAAGGGCACAGCAUCCUCUAUGGACCCAGGGAGUGGGGUUAUUUUCUGGUUGUUGUGGGGGGGGGGACUCCUGAUUCCCACAAUCCCCCAGGAUCCUGGGAGUUGAAAUCCAAACCAUCGCAGUAGCAUGUCCAUUCCUAUAACGCUUGCCGGUUUGCAAAGUGUCAGCCAGUGAUAGGUUUUUGGUGGGUUUUUCAGACUCAGGCUAUGAGUUCUAGAAGAGUUUAUUCCUGAUGUUUUGCCAGCAGCUGUGACUGGCAUUUUGUAAGUUGGUUCCUCAUUUUAGCCACCUACUGAAAGACAGCAAUAGCAAGAGCAAGUUCCAUUAAGCACUCCCUAAGCGCUUU